AUGGCUGACAACACUCUGAUUCUCGUUGCGCUGACCGCGCUCGCGGCCGCGCUCGUGGGCUACUUCUCGCUCGGCGCCCGCGAGCGCAAGAUCCUCAAGCCGGACCAGUUCCAGGAGUUCCCGCUGAUCCAGAAGACAGUUGUGUCCAAAAACUCGGCGAUCUUCCGCUUCGGUCUCCCAAGACCCACCGACGUGCUGGGGCUGCCUGUCGGGCAGCACAUCUCGAUCGGCGCCGAGAUCGACGGCAAGGAGAUUGUGCGCUCGUACACGCCGAUGUCGCUCGACGAGGACGCCAAGGGUUAUUUCGACCUGCUGAUCAAGGUCUACGAGAAGGGCAACAUUUCGCGGCACGUUGACGGGCUGAAGCUGGGGGAGAACGUGCGCGUGCGCGGGCCGAAGGGCUUCUUCACGUACACACCCAACAUGGCGCGCGAGUUUGUGAUGGUGGCAGGCGGCACGGGCAUAACUCCGAUGUACCAGAUCAUCAAGGCCAUCACCAACAAUCCGCAGGACAACACCAAGGUGACGCUGCUGUACGGCAACGUGACGGCCGAGGACAUUCUGCUGAAGGCGGAGUUGGACCUGAUCGAGAAGGAGCACCCGAAUAUCAAGGUUGUGCACGUUCUGAACAACGCUCCGGAGGACUGGGCUGGCGAAACCGGAUUUAUAACCAAGGAGCUGCUCGAGAAGCACGGCGCCGCACCCGCGGACGACGUGCAGGUGCUGCUGUGCGGUCCGCCGCCGAUGACGAGCGCGCUCAAGAAGGCUGCGCACGAGCUGGGCUUCAAGAAGGCCCGGCCGGUGUCGAAGGCGGGCGACCAGAUCUUUGUGUUCUAG